UCACGUUGUGUCUGUGUUUAACGAAUUCAUGAAUUCAUAAUAUAAUGAAAAGUAAUAUCAAAUAUGAGGGUAUUUAACGAUUGAGUACACAGCCGCCCAUGUUUACCGAGGUAUCAAUAAUGUGUUACAAUAGUCCUGUGCGUUAGCAACGAAUUCUGCAAGACUCGGAUAGUAAGCCAAACUAUACUUAAGCAUGGAUAGGGUCUAAUUGGAUAGGUACAAUAUUAUUCAUAUCUUCGAUACACCAAACAUACAUACCAGUGUUAUUGUAUUUUGUAUUGCUGUCCGAAGUAUAGGACCCAGACAAACCAGCAUCAAUCCGUCAACUACCUGCAAAAAAUUGUUCGCUUAUGCAAAUGAGGACCAGUCCCAUGGUUCAGCAGAAAAUAACAAAAAAACGAAGAGUGUGAAAAUAUCUAUUAUCAAUACUGUGGUUGUUAACCGGCAUUAUGCCGGAAUCUUAGCCGUCAAAUUUUGUCAUUUUGGAACACUGACCAAACUUGAUGUCUGCUAUUUACCCGUAGGAUCUGUAAGCAAUCUGUGCGCUUUGCUACCCCGGAGAAGACUUUGUAGGCCUACAGGAUAUCCGUAACUGAAAUCCAUCCUCUACAUGGCUUCAUUGCAAAUGGCAUCGUUCGCUUAAGAAUUAAAAUUUCUCUUCUUGAAAAUAGGCCAACUUGUGGGACCAGCUUAUGUAUAAUUAUUAUCGUACGGCUUAUUUGUAUUCCUUAACUCGGAGCAACUCUCUAUCAGGAAUCUUACAUUCUAGUAAAAUUUCCAGAUCCAGAUGGUUACUGCAAAAGAUGACAUGACAAUCGAAUUUGAAAUGUUUGAAAGCGCAGAUUUCACGGAAGCGGAACAGAUCGGCAUCAUCUUAGGGGCUAUAGCUGUCGUAAUUAUCAUUGUGGUAGUGCUUAUCUGUAUUUCGUGUUCGUUAUACAAGAGAUGCAAACGAAGAGAUGGCGUUAAUCCAAAUUACGCGAAAGUCCCGCGCCGACAAGCCCAUGAGCGGACAUACAACAAUUAUGGUAGCGAGGCAUAUGGUUCAUUUGGACAAGUCAUAACACUAGCGGAAACGAAGGAACGUCGAGCGAGCACGAAUAUGUACGACUCUAAAGAAUCAAUACUCUCGGAGCAAUUAGAAGAAAUGCAAUUCCUUCCUCCACAAGAUAUUAUAUCACAGAAUAAAGAUUUCGGUAAAUUGAAAUUAUCGAUUGGCUACCAAGAGCAUUCUGGACUCGUAAUAACAAUACACCAAGUCUAUGACCUCCCGGUCAAGUCGUACGGUGGUAGCACGGACCCCUUUGUCAGGUUUGCGUUGCUGAAAUUAACAGAGAGUCAACCGUCAUUUUCCUUCCAAACGACAAUAAAGCACAAAACAUUGAAUCCCAUCUUCGAAGAAAGCUUCGAUGCUGCCAUUAAUCCAAUGGACAUACAAUUGUAUCGUCUGACGUUAUAUGUUUGUGAACAUCACAAGUUCACAAAGCCCUCCGUGGUGGGAGAAGUUAGCUUGAAUUUGGCUGAGGUUGACUUCACUGGUUCUUACAGGGACGUAUUCAACAUUCAACCGUCAGCUAAAAGCUAUUUUGGAGAAAUCUGCAUCUCUCUAUGUUACUUAUCAACGUCCAAUCGCUUGAUAGUCGGUGUCUUACGGGCAACAAAUUUGAAGCCUACGGCAGGAAGUUCACAGUGUGAUACGUGUGUUCGUGUAACUUUAAUUCUAGGAGGUCGAAAGUUGAAACGAAGGAGAACACAAUCGAAAGAAAAUGACCUGAAUCCAGAAUUUGAUGAGCUUAUGUAUUUUGAAGUUCCGCAGGAGAAACUAGACAAAGUGAAAUUUUUAAUCGUUGUGACUAAUAGCAAAAAGAUAGAAGAUCCGUCUGAAGACACAACAAUGGACGAACUUGGAAGGGUUCUGAUUGGUCGAAAGUGUUCAGUUUUGUCUUACGAGCAUUGGAAUGAGAUGAUGCGGUACCCACGACGGCCGUUCGCCCAGUGGUAUAGUUUGGUUGAAUAAAAAAAAAGCAACCGUGUUUUUGAUUCAUCAUUUCUACCUCAUGAACAUUGGAAUGAGGUGAAGAAGAUAGGUAUAUCAUAACU